GCGGACAGCCUCGAGCGGGACCGGAGGACACCGUGUGUACGGUCGGGGCCUGUGGGCGUGGGGAGACCGAGGGACCGUCCGCAAGACGAGGCUGAGGGGGAUCUUGUGGGGGAGCAGGGGAUGGGAGAUGAUUGAUUUACCAGGGCACCCCCGGAGUAACUACGAACAACAGCCACAGAUUGGCGGAGAGCGGAUUUAGGUUGGACAUUAGAGAUGAUUUCUUGACGGCGAGGGCUGCCAGGAUCUGGAACGGGCUGCGCAGGAGGUGGUGCCGUCCCCGCCCCGGGGGUCUUCAAGAGGAGACCGGGCAAGCACGUGGCUGGGGCCGUCUGACCCUAGCGCUCUUUCCUGCCCGGGCAGGGGGUCGGACCCGACGAUCUGCUGAGGCCCUUCUGACCCGAGCGUCUCAUGGACAUUCGGGCUGGAAGGGACCUCGGAAGAUCAUCGAGUCCAGCCCCCGCCCCAGGGCAGGGCGUCAGCUGGGGUCAUAGGAUCCCAGCAAGAUAAACAUCCAAAUGCUUGCGCCACCUCCUGCGGCCGUCUGUUCCAGACCUCGGGGGCUCGGACAGUAACGUUCUUCCUUAUGUCCAGCCUGAAACCGUCCUGGAGGAGUUCGUGACCGUUGAUCCUUGUCAUCCCUUGGGGCGCUCUGGUCAACAGACGUUCCUCCAGAUCCUGAUGAGUUGUUACACUUUCAUUUUACGACAUUGCACUGAAUUCGAUUGAACAAUGGGGGAAAAUAGUCCUGACGACAAUGUUAUCUGCUACGUAGUAGAGGAUGACGAGUUGACUCAAGAUGUUAAGAUGAUGAGGUUUGUGGAUAAAAAUGGACUGCUUCCUUCGUCAUCUGGGACAGUCUAUGACAGGACAACUGUUCUAAUUGAGCAGGACCAUGGCAUAUUGGAGGAUGACGAGGAUGAAGGACAGUGUGGAGAUCAUUUGUCUUUUUUACCAGAGGGUCACGAAGAAGGAUUUCAUCUAAUAGCAGAUCAUGAAGGAAUGUCCCAGGGUUAUGUGCAACACAUUAUUUCUCCAGAUCAGAUUCAUCUAACUAUAAAUCCUGGUUCAACUCCAAUGCCAAGAAAUAUUGAAGGAGCUACUCUCACUUUGCAGUCGGAAUGCCCAGAAACCAAGCUUAAAGAAGUCAAGAGAUACCAGUGCACAUUUGAGGGCUGCCCUCGCACCUAUAGCACUGCCGGGAACCUGCGCACUCACCAGAAGACACACCGUGGGGAAUACACAUUUGUCUGCAAUCAGGAAGGUUGUGGCAAGGCCUUUCUUACCUCCUACAGUCUCAGAAUCCACGUCCGUGUGCACACCAAGGAAAAGCCGUUCGAGUGUGAUGUGCAGGGCUGUGAGAAGGCAUUCAAUACACUGUACAGGUUGAAAGCACAUCAGAGGCUUCACACAGGGAAAACGUUCAACUGUGACACACAAGGCUGCAGUAAAUACUUCACCACGCUCAGUGACUUGAGGAAGCAUGUUCGCACACACACAGGAGAAAAGCCAUUUAGGUGUGAUCAUGACGGCUGUGGAAAGGCUUUUGCUGCAAGUCACCACCUUAAAACACAUGUUAGGACACAUACUGGGGAGAGGCCUUUCUUCUGUCCCACUGACGGCUGUGAGAAGACUUUCAGUACUCAGUAUAGUCUGAAGAGCCACAUGAAAGGUCAUGAGAAAGGACACUCGUACAAUGCACUUCCAAAUAGCGGCGUAUCCGAGGAUACAAACCACUCACUCUGUUUGAGUGACUUAAGUCUCAUGUCCACAGAUUCAGACCUGCGGGAAAACGCAAAUACAACACAAGGACAAGACCUUAGCACAAUCUCACCAGCAAGUAUCUUUGAAUCUAUGUUCCAGAGCCCAGAUCAUACUGCAAAUCAGGAAGACUCUCAACAGACUGCUGCCUUGAUUGAAAGUUUCAAUGGUGAAGAUGACGCAGCAACGACUGUUCAGUCUUCUGUUGGAGACUCUGCAUCUCUGUCCCUCCCCCUGGUCCUGCAGCUUGGCAUUUCGGAGCCUUCGCAACCAGCACUACAAGCCUCAGCACCGCCUCCAGCCCCCAUCUCCAUGGGACCCAGUUCACAGCAAGUUGCAUUUGGAAGCCCCACAGCUGUUUUACAGUCCCCUGAAGUGCCUGUUCCUCACAGCACACCAUUUGCAGCCAGUCACCAAGACUUUCUGCAGCCCACUCAGGCGCCACCGCAGCCCAUUGUACAGGGACUUUCAGUGGUGGCUGGAGCCUCAGCCCCAGCACCACCGAGUGCCACGGAGCCCCUGCCAGCUGUGGUCCAGACCGUGCCUGUGGGUGCAAACUCUGUUCUGACCAGUAACCCAACGAUAACAAUUACUCCGUCUCAGAGCACUGCUAUUCUACAGUCCAGCAUAGUCAUGGGAGAACAGAACUUACAAUGGAUUUUAAAUGGUGCCACUGGUUCUCCACAAAACCAAGAACAAAUGCCACAAGUUCCGAAGGUAGAAAAAGUCUUUUUUACCACCGCAUUACCGGUAGCUGGCAACACAGCUUUCUUCCUGCACUGGAUCAGACGUUUCAGGACAGGCAUGUCUGAAGGAAACUCCGUGCAGCAAAUCAGCGUUCCUGUCAUCAUCAUCAAGCAAGAGGAGGCCUGCCAGUGUCAGUGUGCCUGCCGGGAUGCUGCCAAGGACAAAGCCACGAGUAAGAAGAGGUGUUCCUCACCUGAGCUGAAACCUUCAGAGAAGCCAGAUGCUAAGCUGCAGCCUCAGACGUUUCCUUCCUCCUCUUCUCCUUUGCGUGAGCGAAGCGGUCAGGUAGCUAACCCUUCAGACUCGCAGCAUGAAACGUUAAGUGCCAUAGAUGUAUCGGAUUUCCUGUCCCUCCAGUGUCCUGUAACCUCACCCAACCUGAUUCCAAUUGAAGCACUACUGCAGGGGGAGGAAGAAAUGGGUUUGAACAGCAGCUUCUCCAAGUGAAGAUGCUCCUGGUUCUUCUCCCUUGCACCUGGACGGUAACGUCCUCCCUUUUAGAAGAAGCUGAAGGAUCAAGCAUCUUUUUUCCCCCUUCCUCUUUGGAAGCAUUGUGGCUUACUUCUGCCUCUCGGAUGUCAUUUUAGUCACGUCCCAAAAGCAUCCAUCUUUGGGGGUCUGUCUUUAAGAAAAAAAAAGAAAAAAGAAAAAAAAAGCUAAGUUAUAUAUGAACUGUUUUGGCUGCACUGUCUGUC